AUGUCAUUACCCGUCUUGGUCAUAGGGGCUGGCCUUGGAGGUAUUUGUUUAGCCCAAGCACUACGAAAGAACAAUAUCCCAUUCAAGCUAUAUGAGAAAGAUGAGAGAAGCACGUUCCGUGCCCAGGGGUACAGAAUAAGAAUCACCAAACAUGGCGUCGAGGCGUUGAAAGAGGCCCUGACACCCGAGCUUUUCACUCUGUUCGAGAAAACCUGCGCCGAUACACCUGCCAUGGGAGUCCGAAUCAGACCUGAUGGAGCAACUCUCUCCUCCCUCCUGCCUGGCUUCCAGUCGAAGUCUUAUACGGUGGACCGUUCAACCUUUCGCGAGGUCCUUCUGACAGGGCUCGAUGGACAUGUCUUCUUCGGAAAAGGCUUCGAAAGAUACACCAUCCACCCUGACAAAGUGACAGUAUCCUUCGCAGAUGGAACUACUGAGGAUGGAUCCCUCUUAGUUGGCGCUGAUGGCGUUCGCUCUGAAGUGCGCAGGCAAUACCUUCCCGCGUUCCAGGGCCUGGAUACGGGCACGCGAACCAUCUUUGGGAAGACCCCUUUAACCCCGAAUCCCUCGCUAAACUUGCGGAAGAAUAUCGACAUGGGAUGA